AUGAGUAGCAGCGAGGCUGGCAAGCAAGGCCAUGGUGUGCCGGCGCUCGAGGUGCAGGAUAGCACGCAUGACCAUGGCGUGCCCGCGCUGGAGGCGCCCACGCCCGCGGAUACGGACAAGAUACUGGCCGCCGUGGCGCAGCUAGCGCGACGUCGGAGGCUGGAGGCAAGGCGGCUGGGCCGCACUGCACCCGCGGGGGCAGAGGGCGAGGCGGCGAAGCGGGCGCGUCCGGUGUCGGGCACCUCCGUGCACUCGUCCCGCCAGUCUGCGAAGGUGGCGCCCGAGCCGCAGGAAGGGGCUUCUGUGGUGGUGGCACCGGGACCGGGGUGGUGGCCCAAGUCCGUGUCGCACGGCGCGAUGUCGGUGAUCGGGCGGCGGCGGGAGAUGGAGGACGCGUUCGCCGUCACCGCGCCGUUCCUGGUGGUGGCCGCCGCGGCGGGGAAGGAGGAGAGCGGCGAGGGGGAGGAGAAAGACGGCGGCGGGGAGGCGGAGGUGGAGUUCUUCGCGGUGUACGACGGGCGCGGCGGGUCACGGGUGGCGGACGCAUGCCGGAAGCGGCUGCAAGUGGUGCUCGCGGAGGAGAUGGCGCGUCUGCACCUGCACCUCGGGAAGAAGGGCGGCGACGACGGCGAGGACGGCGUGCGCUGGAGGGAGGCCAUGGAGGCCUGCUUCGCCCGCGUGGACGGCGAGGUCGUCGUCGUCGAGAGGGAGGCGAACAAGAACAAACCCCAGCGACACGAUGGGCUGCGGCUCCACCGCCGUCGUGGUCGUCGUGGGGCCCCGUCACAUCGUGGUCGCCAACUGCAGCGACUCCCGCGCCGUGCUCUCUCGCGGCGGCGUCCCCGUGCCGCUGUCCUCCUACCACAAGGGUUUGUUGCGGAAAACGCCAAGCGGCGGGCAGGGUGGUCUACACCUGGCCGGGGGUCCUACUCACGCGGCAAAGCGGGCGACACGUCGGGUCGGGUGGAGUUCCCCAUCGGGCAUUCGGGCCAAGGCACGACGACGGGCGUGGUUCGGCCGCGGUUACCCGACAAGGGUGCUUGGUUGGAUCAAGCAUUUGUUACAACUUGCAAAUGGUUUCUGCAGACAGAGCUCGACUUCGUGGAAACUGAGACAAAAAGCAGCGUUGUUACUGUAUCCAUCAUUCUGAACUGCAAGUUGUCUGAACGCCGCAGAACACAGGAAACGGUAGCCCCUAAAGUGUUGAAUUCGUCUGUUGGAGGGGUCCACUUUGAGAUUUCCAUUCCUACUUGUUUUACAGUUUCAGCUUUGUCUAACACGUAUUGUUUGUCACAGCCAGAUAGGCCUGAUGAGUUGGAAAGGGUUGAAUCAGCAGGUGGCAGGGUCAUCAACUGGAAUGGGUACCGUGUCCUGGGGGUGCUUGCGACGUCAAGGUCAAUUGAUGACUAUUACAUGAAGCCAUUCAUAUCAGCUGAACCAGAGGUGACUGUUACGGAGCGUACGCACAAAGACGAGUUCAUCAUCCUGGCGAGCGACGGGCUGUGGGAUGUCAUGUCCAAUGAGGAGGCUUGCAAGGUCGCGAGGAACUGUUUGUGCGGGCGCGCAGCUGCUAAGUACCCUGACACCAUCCACGGGAGCUCGGGUAGCGAUGCCGCCGCGAUGCUGGUGGAGUUCGCCAUGUUGCGGGGCAGCACUGACAACAUCAGCGUCGUGGUGGUGGAGCUGAAGCGUCUGAAGAGGUGGAAGGGUGGUAGACAGAAUGGUAGGACGUAG